AUGUCUAACCUGCCGAUGAAACUUCUGCGCAGGAAGAUCGAGAAGCGGAACCUGAAAUUGCGGCAGCGAAAUCUGAAGUUACAGGGAGCAUCAGGUGUGAACCUUUCAGAAUCCCACAAUGGAGAUAUAUCUGAAGAAAUGGUUGGAGGUGGAAAAAUAGAAAAAUCCCUAAAACAGUCUAUGAAAGCAGACUUGUUAGAAGCUCACAAUGGGGACAUGUUUAAAGAAACAUCAGAAAAUGUGAAAAUUAAGAAAUCUCCCAAGAAAACUGCCAUUUUAACUAAUGGGGAAAAUGUAAAAAUUAAAAAAUCCCCCAAGAAAUCUGCCAUUUUAAACAAUGAAGAAGCAGCAACACAGCAUCCCAGCUCAGAAUCGAAAAAGAGAAAAGUGGAGGAUGCUGCUGGGCCUGUCACCAAAAAAGCAAAGACUGAAGACAAACAGCAAUCUGUUGAAGUUGAUGCCAAGGCUCCUACAGAAGCAGAAGGGAGUGUGGACCAGCCAAAGGAAGAGGAAGAUGACAGUGAGGUGCCCAGCCUGCCCCUGGGACUGACAGGAGCAUUUGAAGAUACUUCCUUUACUUCUCUGAGUAGUCUUGUCAAUGAGAACACUCUGAAGGCAAUAAAAGAAAUGGGCUUUACAAACAUGACGGAAAUUCAGCAUAAAAGUAUCAGACCACUUCUGCAAGGCAGGGAUCUUCUAGCAGCCGCAAAAACAGGCAGUGGCAAAACCCUCGCAUUUCUCAUCCCUGCAGUUGAACUCAUUGUUAAGUUAAAGUUCAUGCCCAGGAAUGGAACAGGUGUUCUGAUCCUGUCGCCGACUCGGGAACUGGCCAUGCAGACUUUCGGUGUGCUUAAAGAACUAAUGACACACCACAUCCACACGUAUGGGCUGAUCAUGGGGGGCAGUAACAGAUCUGCAGAAGCACAGAAACUUGCUAAUGGGAUCAACAUCAUUGUGGCCACCCCAGGCCGCCUCCUGGACCAUAUGCAGAAUACCCCAGGGUUUAUGUACAAAAACCUGCAGUGUCUGGUUAUUGAUGAGGCUGAUCGUAUCCUGGAUGUUGGGUUUGAAGAGGAAUUGAAGCAAAUUAUUAAACUUCUUCCAGUACGCAGGCAAACCAUGCUUUUCUCUGCCACACAAACCAGAAAAGUUGAAGACCUGGCUAGGAUUUCUCUUAAAAAAGAGCCCUUAUAUGUUGGUGUUGAUGAUGAUAAAGCCAACGCAACAGUAGAUGGUCUUGAGCAGGGAUAUGUUGUUUGUCCCUCUGAGAAAAGGUUUCUUCUGCUCUUCACAUUCCUUAAGAAGAACCGAAAGAAGAAACUAAUGGUGUUCUUUUCGUCUUGCAUGUCUGUGAAGUACCACUAUGAGUUGCUGAACUACAUCGAUUUGCCUGUUUUGGCCAUUCAUGGAAGGCAGAAGCAAAAUAAGCGAACAACCACAUUUUUUCAAUUCUGCAAUGCAGAUUCGGGCAUCCUGUUGUGUACAGAUGUGGCAGCUCGAGGGCUUGAUAUUCCUGAAGUUGACUGGAUUGUUCAGUAUGACCCUCCCGAUGACCCUAAGGAGUAUAUUCAUCGUGUGGGGAGAACAGCCAGAGGACUGAAUGGAAGAGGGCAUGCCUUGCUCAUUUUGCGCCCAGAGGAAUUGGGUUUUCUUCGCUACUUGAAGCAAUCUAAGGUUCCACUAAGUGAAUUUGAAUUUUCUUGGUCCAAAAUUUCGGAUAUUCAGUGUCAGCUUGAAAAACUGAUUGAGAAAAACUACUUCCUUCACAAGUCUGCUCAGGAAGCAUAUAAGUCAUACAUUCGAGCAUAUGAUUCCCAUUCUCUGAAACAAAUCUUCAAUGUUAACAACUUAAAUUUGCCUCAAGUUGCUCUGUCAUUUGGUUUCAAGGUGCCUCCUUUUGUUGACCUGAAUGUGAAUAGCAAUGAUGGCAAACUUAAAAAGCGAGGUGGAGGCGGCGGAUUCGGCUAUCAAAAAGCCAGAAAAGUUGAGAAGUCUAAGAUCUUUAAAAACAUUAGCAAGAAGUCACCGGACAGUAGGCAGUUCUCACACUGA